AGUAUUUUGUGUGGUCCCCAUGUGGUAUACCUGUGAUGAAGAGGAACUGAACUGAAUGGAUGAUCUGGAUGUUAUAGUGAAUACUGGUGAAGUCUCAAAACCCUUCUAACCUUAGAGCCUUGGAACCAUGAAGCUUACUGGGACUAUCCUGGAGUCCACUCACGGCAGCACAGACUCUAAGCAUUUAAACAACAUGAUGGCGAAGUCACUGCAAACAAAUACAACAGACUUGCCGGUGUCUGCGCCCACCUCAUCACUGUCACACUGUGAUCGAGGUCGGCUUCAGUGUUCAAUAUGCGCAGACAGAGCUACAGGUAAACAUUAUGGUACAUCCAGCUGUGAUGGCUGCAAGGGUUUCUUCAGGAGGAGCAUUCGCAACAACCACGUGUACAGCUGCAGGUUCAACAGGCAAUGUACUGUGGAUAAAGACAAAAGGAACCAGUGUCGUUACUGCAGACUACAGAAGUGUUUCAAGGCUGGAAUGAGAAAGGAAGCUGUUCAGAAUGAGAGAGACUGCAUCAACAGUCACAAAGCCAAGGGACAGACAGCGGGCACUCUGUCCAUCAGCGUGCUGCUGUGGGCAGAGGCCAGUGUGCAACAGUUCCCAGCUCAGCUCUCACCUAGGAGUCAGGACAUCAACACCAAGAAGACAGCCUGCGUGGGAGUCGUGUUUGAGUCCAUGAAGCAGCAACUCCUCCUGCUGGUUGAAUGGGCAAAACACAUCCCAGAGUUUUGCAGCCUAUCAAUAAAUGACAGGGUAAAGCUGUUACAAGCCCACUCUGCAGAACAUCUUAUCCUGGGGGCAGCAAGACGCUCUUUACCUUAUGAUAAUCUCAUCCUUUUAGGUAAUGACUUUGUGGUCCCCCUGGGAGGUGCAGAGGUAGAGGUGUCCAGACUGGCUUUCAGAAUUCAGGAAGAGCUGGUCAAACCUCUCAGAGAGCUGAACAUCACAGACAAAGAGUUUGCUUGCCUUAGAACAAUUGUAUUCUUUGCUCCAGAGUGUCCAGGUUUAAAGGUUCCUCAGGUGGUUCGAGAACUGCGUUUCCAGGCCCACCUGCUACUAGAAGAAACAACCUGUGAGCAGCGGGGAAGGUUUGGAGAGCUUCUCCUGAUCCUGCCUCCCCUGCAGAGUGUGGCCUGGCAGAUGGUGGAGACUCUCCACUUAGCACAGCUGCUGGGUGAAGCCAGAUUGGACAACCUGCUGCAGGAGAUGCUACUCGGAGAGGAAGCCAAAACAAGACAGGUUUCUUUUCCUCCCUCAGGUGAUGACCUGACUCAAGACGAGCAAAAUGAGCAAAGAGCUUCCUCUGCAAACACCUCUCUCAUCUCUCACAGUUCAUCAUGUGAGCAAAUCAAACUGACCUAUCAUAACAGUUCUGAACAUGCGCCUGGCCAUAGAACAGCAGAUAUUUAGGCAGUAUUGACUCUUCACUCUUUCAAGUGGCUUACCGACUGCCCCCACAGACUGGCACUGAGGUGCACAGACAUGGCAAAGCUGCCAGUCACCCCACUGCAUACCAGAGACACCUGUGCAGACAGAAACACCUCGAGAAGCAACAACAAGGAGAGCAGGGGUGUGAGGAGCUUCAGACAAAACACAAAACCACCUACAAACUGUACAUGCAUGUAAUUACGCAUGCAUACAACUGAAGUUACCCUUAUUCAGCAAUGCAUCUAUGUAUCCAGUGUUGUUCAUAAAUAAAAUGUAGUUUUUUCCAGGAACAGCA